AUGCCAACAGAUCAAUCUCCGAUCACAGGAAACCCUCUCGUCCGGCCAAAAACCGGCCGACAGCCUCUUAAACCGAUCAGAUCCCCGUCGAAUGUACAUCCUCCACCGUCUGGAAACACCUACCAAAAGCCAAAUCUAAAGCAUGGAUGGAUCGAGAUCUCUGAAGAUUCUAACAAGGAGAAUCCUAAUCAGAAUGAGAAACGAAAUAUUACUUCUAAUCUGGAUCCGAAUCCUUCUUCGAUCUGUGCUGUUUCUGUUGCUGCAGCUCCGGUGCAAAUCGAGGAAUUUGAAGUCUCGCUGGCUGAGGAACUGAAUGCCAUUCGGGAAAAGAUGGAGAGGUUGAGGUCCGACAGAGAGAAGACAGAGAAGAUGCUCAGAGACAGGGAGUUAAUGAUGGAGACGAAGAUGAAGGAGCUCGAUCAGAGAGGAGAGAUUCAGAAGGUGCUUGAAAUUGAAGUGGAUCGGCUUUAUAGAUUAAACGAGCUCAGAUCUUUAUGCAACAGGAUACUACCGAUCAAAUCAUUGAGAGAGAAGGAGCAUGAGAAGAUCAAACCAGAUAAAUCACAGGCGACGGAAGAAGAAAAGGUCAGAUUGUUGAGAGAGAAGGAGAAGACCAAACCAGAUAAACCCCAGGUGGGAAAUGCUGAAGAAACGGAAGAAGAAAAGGUGACAAGUCCUUGUGGGGUAAAUGAUUCGAAGAAUUGA